AAUAAUAGUGGUGGUGGUGGUGGUGGUGGUGGUGAUGAUUAUGACAACGGUGGUUUUUUCGUACGAAAAAAUUGGCCUCCUCGGGAAUGGAAAAGUUUUGCUGAUAUGACAUUCAAAGUUAGUAACGUUCAUCCUAAGGCUGAAGUACUUGAAUUAAAAGAACAUUUUGAGUCUUAUGGAAGUGUUUACAGAGUGCAAAUUGAGACAAAGGAUUUUGAAAGUGGUGAACGUCCAACCGGCGUUGUUUAUAUUACUUUCAAGCCUGUUCCUAAAUAUCCAUUUUGGAAGAGUACAGUAAGCUUUCAUGGGAAACAUUUGAAAGUGGAUUAUCAGCAGAAAGACGAUAAUAGUUUAGACAUGUUUAUUGAUCAAACAGAUGCGAGACAGAGAUUAAAGUUUCAUUCGUUUCAAGCAGAAAGCCUUGAAAUGGGUGUUUAUCUACAACCGGACACUUUUGUCUCCGAGAUUAAAUAUACCGACUCGGUAAAAUUUACCAUAGAUUAUCAAAAACGCAGCAUCAGUGUUGAAUUUGGUUUCAGGUCAGAUCAGUCAGCUCAACAAAUUCAUAUGUUUAAGUUGGAAAUUGAUUUUAAGAAUAUAGAAGAUGAAAUUCAUGUUGAACUUGACGCUCCACAAAGAUCACGUGGGUCAAUUACUAUAGCGAAUAAGUAUCCAGCCAAAUAUUGGGUACUAGAUAGUAGAUUGCAACCUAAAGACAAGUUUAAUUGGUGUUUAGAUGAUUCAUGGAAACGUAAAACCGAAAUUCGUAUAUUACCAAAAAGAAAAGAGGAAAAAGAAAUCCCUCUUCAACCGCAUAUGCCAGACAAUAGUGAACAACUCGGUAAAUGGGUUGUUUAUAGAAUAACUUUUGACCUAGAUCGACUGGGAAGUACAUCUGCAGAAGGUCUUCAUCGGUUUAAAAAAAUGAUUGAGGAAGCAGGGGAAUUUAAUUUAGUGAAGUUUUCAAACAUUAAUUAUAGAUCAUUAAACAUAAUUUGUGGGACCAAUUUACGUAAAUAUGUGGAACGUUCAAUGUUAGAUUUUGAUGUUCUUUAUAUGACCGAAUGUAAUAUUUCUUUUAAUUACCUUCACGAUUAUAACCUUAAUGAAGAUUUCUUUUUUUCAUUGGCCCGACUGCCAACUCAGUCUGCAAUUUAUAUAUUAGAGACAAUUUUUGCAGGAAAAAAACGUAUUUAUGAUCCAUUAUCGUAUUUACGUUUAGAAGUCAUGAAACUUGACGUCGAAGAGAAGUCUAAUCAUGUACCAUCCGAUUGUGUAAUGAUACGCAAAGUAGUUAUUACUCCUACCACUAUGUACAUAUUGAUGCCGACGAUGGAAACAUCUAAUCGUGUUAUUCGCCAUUUUCGCGAUAAGAAAGAUAAUUUCUUGCGUGUUCAAUUCAUAGAUGAGGCAUCCAGUAAAAUUUGUUCCUCUAAUGGAACUCAUAAUUAUGCCUUGUAUAACAAAAUUUAUAAUACCCUACAUAAUGGCAUCAAGAUCGGUGAUAGACAAUACGAGUUCUUGACCUUUUCAUCUAGCCAAUUGAAGGAACAUUCUUGUUGGUUUUUUGCAUCAACUUACGAUUUAACUGCAGGUGAUAUUAGAAGUUGGAUGGGUGAUUUCUCUAUCAAUAAAAGUGUUGCUAAAUACGCUGUUCGUAUGGGACAAUGUCUUUCAAGUACCCGCGUCGUCCUGCCAGUGAAUAAUGACAUUAGAGUGAUAGUGAUUCCCGAUGUUGUUAGAAAUCGGUAUACAUUUUCUGAUGGGAUAGGGAACAUAUCGGUUUCAUUGGCAAAGAAAGCAGCCGAGAAAUUAGAGUUAAAAAAUAUUCCCAGUGCUUUCCAAUUUAGACUUGCUGGUUAUAAAGGGAUAUUGUGUCAAUCACGUUUUUUGCGAGAUAAUCAGAUUCAAGUGCGCCAUAGUCAAUGCAAAUUUGAAUCGAAACAUUUAGAGUUAGAAUUUAUUAGAGGAUCAACUUUUAUUCCUGCAUAUCUUAAUCACCAUGCUAUUACGUUAUUAUCUUCAUUAGGAGUACCUGAUAGUGUAUUCAUCGAAAUGAAAGAUGCACAAGUUAGUGAUUUGAAUAGAAUUUUUAUGAAUGAAACCACGGCUAUAAAUGUUUUACAUCAAAAUAUUGAUGAACACGGUAUUUCCAAGUCUCUAGCAGAUCUUGUAAAAGUCGGAUUUUUACAAAAACGUGAUAAAUAUCUAAUGAAUUUAUUAUCGUUGUUUCGUAUAAUGAUGUUAAGAGAUUUAAAGAAAAAGGCGAAAAUUCGUGUGGAUGAAGGUGCAUUUUUGUUAGGUGUUUUGGAUGAAACAGAAACAUUAAGGGAGGACCAAGUUUAUUGUUGUGUCUCUGAUCAAUAUAAUCCAUCUAAUAGAAGAGUAAUUACCGGAACAUGUAUUGUAUACCGUAAUCCUUGUUUUCAUCCUGGCGACAUACGAGUUGUAACAGCCGUAAACUGUAAGAAAUUGGAUCAUCUGGUAGAUGUAAUAGUAUUCCCAGCAAUUGGUUAUCGAGAUAUUCCUAGCCAAUGUAGUGGUGGUGAUUUAGAUGGAGACAAUUUUACUAUAAUUUAUGAUGAACGGUUAAUCCCCCAAAAAAAGAAUUUGGGGCCUAUGAACUAUGAGGCUCAAAACCCCGAAAUGGUCGAGAACGUAACGAUGGACCAUGUUAAGAAGUUCUUUGUUAAUUAUAUGUUAUCCGAUGAGAUUGACAUGAUUGCCAACGCUCAUAUGGCAAAGGCAGAUACUUCAGAUGUUGGCGCAUUCCACGGGCAAUGUAUACGUCUUGCGCAAUUGCAUUCUGAGGCCGUAGAUUACCCCAAAACCGGGAGGCCGGCAAUAUUUCCACCAGAACUUCGAGCUCAUAAGUUUCCAGACUUUAUGGAAAUAACAGACAAAGCUACCUACCAAUCAGAAAAAGUUCUCGGUCGUUUGUACCGUUCUAUUGAGGUUGAUGAGUUUGUACUUUGCGAUAAUUUUGAGUUUGAUAAUAGAUUAUAUGUUGAAGGAUAUCAAGCUUAUUUAGAGGAUGCACGAAUACUUAAAAGUGCAUACGAUGCAGACAUAAGAGGAUUGAUGAAUCAGUUUGGUAUCGCAACCGAAUUUGAGGUUACAAGUGGAUACAUAGUUAAUACUAUUACAAAUGUCGAUAGAAAAAAGCCUCAUAACAUAACUAAAUCUAUAAUGGACGCAGUAAUUCCUAUUAAACGACAUUAUCGGAAAUUAUUUGAAGGAGAGUUUUAUGGUGAAGGAACGAGAGUUGUUUCGCCAGGAGCUCGUAACAGAAUGGAAGCUAAAGCAUGUGCUUGGUACUAUGUGACCUAUCAUCCAUCUGAAUUAGGUGAUGAUCCUUCUGAAAAUAUGAUAUCAUUUCCUUGGAUAAUAUAUGAAUUUUUAUGUGAAAUUGCAAUUAGAAAUAAUAAUAAAGCUAAUACGAUUCGAGAUUAUCACAAACAAAGUGGGCCCAUUGGAGCAUCAAAAUAUCAUCAAAAAGCUAUUCAACCAGAAGAUGAUAUUAGAUCAAAACAGGAAAUGUUUAAUAAUGGUAAUCUUGAUUAUACUAAAUAUAAUCGACAUCUAUUGGACAACAAUAAUGAUGAUGAAAUGAGUAAAUUGGGGAAAAACAUAUCUACACAAUACAAAAAUCGUAAUCCUGAUUAUAUUAGUUAUAAUCAAUAUCCUUUUAUUGACGAAAAUGAUGACGAUAUGGAUAUAUUGAAACAAAAAAUAUUUAUGCAGAACAAACAUAUUAAUCACUAUAGGCAUUAAUGAGCUAUUCCAAUUUGUAAUAUUGGCACAAA